AUGCCUUGGGACCAAUGGCGCAUUGACUUUAACGAGAAAAUGGAUCGCUACGGGGAGGAAAAGCUACAAAAAUUGCGUGGUAACCGCCCUUCGCACUCAUCUUAUGAAGAACGAAUAGCGUCGAUGCGUAGCAACGGCGGCGCACUGGGAAGUGUUUCCAUCGCUACGCCCGCGCGAAAUAUACCGCCACCCCCGCCAGGCUCGCAAGCCGCUCCACCUCCAAGUUCACAAUUUGGGGGAGCAAGUAAUCCAGCUCCUGUAUACGAUAUGAAGGCCAUGCAGGCAGCGAUUCCGCCGGAAAACACGACUGUGCAUUUUUCGCAAUUCACAGACGAGGAGAAAAAAGAUUUCUUUGCGAUGUUGGACGAGUUCUUUUCUGCGCGCACGCAUGCCGCAGAUAUGUGGCUCGACGAUGCUUUCGAUACGAGAAGCUUAAAAGCCAUUGGCCAUGGCCUUUGCUCCACCGUGUUCAAAGCGCCUUUUGCACCUCGCUACCGGCUCACGGAGGAGGGAGGCAUUGCAGCGGAGGUGUGCAUAAAACAAGUGGAUGUCGACGAGCAGAUCCCGCCACAUAAUGUGCAGCACGAGGUAAAUCUUCUUCAACGCCUCCGUCACGCUCACAUUGGCACCCUUUUUGCCGCGUUCACAGAUACACCAGACCAAUUCACAAUGACAUACAAUUUGGUUAUGCCGUUGUAUCCCUGCAAACUUACGGAUAUUCUCAGCGACCCGCAAUUUCGCCCUGACACAGACUACGCUGCUGACAAACAGCAGUUGUCCGCGUGGGUUGUGUAUAUGCAUGGCAAGGGGUAUGCUGCGUUUGUCUAUUCCAUCCUUCAUCAAGUCCUUUCCGCACUGGAAUACUUGCACAGCGAACAAGUUGCUCAUCGCGAUAUCAAGCCAGCGAAUGUCUUGCUGGCCAGCGAUGGCACUGUGAAGCUUAUUGAUUUCGACGUCGCUUGGUUUGCAGGGAUACACGAACAAGCUCCGUUUGGUCCUGCUGCAACCAAGGACGAGUGCGACCGUGCGCGCAUCAGUGAUGUAGGCACGGGUGCUUUUCGCGCGCCGGAACUCUUGUUUGCGCCAGAGCACGGCUAUGAUGCGUACAGUGCGGACAUAUGGUCAUUUGGCAUGUUACUAACGACCUUUUUCACUGAUGUGGAGCCGGUCGCUACUGCAAGCGAGGGCGAGGAAGAGAGUUGGCGCGAUCCCGCUUCGGAAGUCACGCCUUGGCAGCGAGCAUUGUUCCCACCCGAACCCUGCUCACCCAAGAGGCCUAUGUUUAUGCAAAAGUCCUGCGUGUAUGCGCGCAAGACUUUGUUUGAUGCUUCGCAUGGCGACGUUGGCUAUGCGGGUGACAUGUUCAAAAUGCUGGGCUUGCCCGACGAGUACGCAGCGUGGCCAGAGUCUGCCGAUUUCCAACCUAUGUUGAAACAAUUUCCCUUUGUGGCACAGCCCGAAGGACAGCCAUUGGAGCCGCGCAUGCCGCUUUUGCAAGUGCUGGGCAUGGACAAGACGCCGCAGGCGACUGCGUUGCACGCUUUGGUUAAAAAGCUCGUACCAAUGUUGUUGCGUCUCUCUGCAAGCCAACGGCCGACGGCAGCAGCAAUGCUUUGCGAAGUGGAAAGUAUGCAUUCGUCAUGCUGCUAA